CAGUUGGAGCAAAUGUUGCAGGCGGACAAGAAUGAAGCAUUAAAGAAGGCACUGUUUCGUGGUGAUGUGUCAUUAAUUGAAGAACUCUUAAACUCUGGUAUAAACAUAGAAUCUAGCUUUCAGUUUGGAUGGACGCCACUGAUGUGUGCUGCCAGUGUAGCUGACUUUGCAGUAGUGCGUCUUCUUCUGGACAGAGGUGCUAAUGCAUGUUUUGAAAUAGAUAAGUACACUGUGCUGAUGGCAGCAUGUAGUGCGCAUGCUUCAGAGGAAAACAUCUUGAAGACUGUAGAACUGCUUCUAUCAAGGAAUGCUGACCCUAACCUUACUUGCAGGAGACAAAUGACUCCACUGAUGUAUGCAGCUAGAAAAGGCUAUUCUCAGGUUGUUGCUUUUCUUGUCGCUCAUGGAUCACACAUAAAUGCCCAGGAUGAAAAUGGAUAUUCAGCAUUAAUAUGGGCAGCACAGCAUGGACAUAAAAGUGUAAUUUUUAAGUUGCUUGAGCUGGGAGCUGACAAAAAUCUACAGACUAAGGAUGAGAAAACAGCAGCAGAGCUAGCAAAAAUCAAUAAACAUUCAGAGAUUUAUAGUUUGCUCUCUUUGGCUGCAAAUCACUUGCAAGGGGGAUGCCAUGAAACAAUUAAGCAAGAGGCUAUCUACAAAUUUCUGACAGCUGCUUCUGACCAUAGAGUUGGUUCAUAUUCAACUUUUGAUGACAUGGAGGUGUUUUUACAUGGUCUUGGUCUAGAACACAUAAUAGGAUUAUUGAAGGAAAGAGAUAUAACUUUAAGACAACUUCUGAUCAUGCAAAAAGAUGAGUUAAUACAGAUUGGCAUUACAAAUCCUGGAGAUCAACAGAAACUCCUAGAUGCUAUUAGUGAGCUACAAGUGGAGGAAAUAAGAAUUGGAGAUCUCCCUGAAGUGAUGAAACUGGAAUUGAGUGGAGAUGAAUUCCUCAAGUUUCUUCAGAAGCUGAAUAAAGAAUGUAGUAAGCUGACCGUUCCAGUGCAGACCAUGAAUAAACAUUUCCUCAAGAAUUCUCACAAGAUAGUACUGCAGUGGGCACCAACCGAAAGUUUUAUUGAAGUCUGCAAAGACUUGAUUUGCAGUGUUGAAAAGCUGGGGGAAGAAGUUACCAAACUGAAGGACCUGGUGGAGAAGCAUGGACAGAAGAACGACCCCAGCCAAGUGAAAUUUCCAGAAAAAUCACCCACCUUGGAAAAAAGAUUAGUAAAAAUGGGAGCGGUAACAUUGCUUGGAUUUGGUUUUUUCUUCUUUAUAACUAAGUUAGUGGUAAAGAAAACCUGA